UUGGCCUGUCAUUGCAGAGCAGGACUGGGCUUGCAGUGGCCAGUGGUCAGUAGCCAUGUGGUCCAGCCAGGGCGAGCAGUGGUCGGGGCCUCUGAGCCUCCACGACGUGGACGAAAGGCCCAGGGUCCCUCUGCGCGUCCAGUACAGCACCGCGGAGGUGACCCAGCUGGGACAGGUGCUCACCCCCACCCAGGUGCAGCAGAGGCCGGUGAGCAUUGCGUGGGAAGGCUGCGACCCGCAGAAACUGUACACUCUCGUGCUCACGGACCCGGACGCUCCAAGCCGCCAGGACCCCAAGUUCAGGGAAUGGCACCAUUUCCUGGUGGUGAACAUGAAAGGAAGCGACAUCGGCAGUGGCCGCGUCCUGUCGGAUUACAUCGGCUCCGGGCCUCCCAAGGGGACAGGCCUGCACCGCUACGUGUGGCUGGUGUACGAGCAGACGGGGCCGCUCGCCUGCGACGAGCCCGUGCUGGGCAACCGGUCCGGGGACGGCCGGGCCAGGUUCAAGGUGUCGGCCUUCCGCGCCAAGUACGGGCUGGACGCCCCCGCGGCCGGCACCUGCUACCGGGCCCAGUGGGACGACUACGUGCCCAGGCUCUACGAGCAGCUGGCCGGCAAGUAGAGGCCGCCCGGCCCGGCCCCGCCGCCCGGCCCCCGCCGCCCUCCCGGGCACCCGCCGACCCAUGCUUCGCCGCCUUCGUCCGCUCCCUCGCGCUCCGACUCGAAUAAAUGUCUCGUGAAGGAAAUCAA